AUGGCCAGCAUGGCAGAUGUGAUAAUUCUGUCGUCCUCUCCACAUCCACCGCGGUCGCCGGGGCCGGGUAGGCAUGAUGCAAAGCCUGUCUCUCACGCCUUGCCACGGGGUGCAACGCAACCGCCAAUACGCUCGACAUCUGAUUUGUCCCAACCUCAUACGCGUUCCCGGUUUUUUCCCACUCCAGUCGCGAGCAACAAGUGUCCCGACGCGUCGAAGCCGAAAAAGCGAUUGACAAAGAAGGAUCCUGCUUCAGAAACCAGCAAGCAAAUCCCACCGAGCAAACCGCGGCGGAAGACGAAGAAAGUGGCGGAUGCGCCAGGAACAAUUGCGCUUGGGGAACCCCAGCCAGAGGCUGUUGGCACAAAGAAUGACGCAGUGAAACCGACCAAGAGUCGUUCUCGAAGCAAUGCCAAGAGUAAAGAUUCGGGAAAUAUGACAUUGGCUGGGAAAGUUACGAAGACAUGCGGCGAUCUACCAGCGAAGAAAUCCAGCAAAGGUGGGAAGAAGGCAGUUGCCACGAAAUUAUCUCCUUCGGAGGAUACGCCUGAGAAAUCCACACCAAAGGAAUCGAAUGCUUUAGGAAAGGAUGAGGUGUUGCAUCUGGACGAGGCAAUGAGGAGAAGGAUGGAUUGGACACCACCAAGGGAGACCUCUUACGAGGAAAUCGCUACUGUGACCGAUCGUGGCAGCCAGAAUAAGGACCGUGAUCCGGACCUUACGGGUGGGUUUGGCAAGCUGGUAUCCGACUAUAAUUACUCUGGGUCAGCUUUACAUCCCCCCGACCUUGUGCAGAAUGCAAAUGGCGAAGGGCCAACAAAGCGUCGGCGUAUAGAGCUGGUCAAUCCUGAAAUUCAAGCAUUGCUCAAUGGAAGGUACUCUGAUUCAAGUGACCAGUCAUCUGGCCAAGGAGAGAACACGGGAAAGCCCAAAAAGACAACCAAGGGCAAACCUAAGAAGUUUACCACGUUGACGGCGCGCAUGACUGCGCAAUAUUCAAAAAAUGAUGCAGAGGAGGAUGAGCCGGUGAUUGAUUGUCUUCCAGGCAUCAGAACGACAAAAGGGAGACAAAAAAAGGCCAAAGAGACAGAGAAGCAGUCUUCGUCCACUGUACUUUCCCCGGAAGCAGCUGUCGAGUUUCUGAAUGAUCAAGAUCUUAUAUUCGGCAGCUGCAGUCAGUUGGAAAAAGACGAUUCGCCCCAGACUCUGCGAGAAACCCAGCAAGCCAUCCAUGCCUCCGAAGGUCUUUCAUAUUCAAAUGGGACGCACAAUAAGGAUCCCAGCGCGAUCCAAGAAUCGUCUACUCGUUUUGUAUCAAAGCUGGCAGGCACCAGGAAUCUGUGGUGUGUUGGCGCCAGAGACACCGAAGGAUCUUUGAUUCAACCAGAAACACUAAAUGUGGUUGACUUGACGGAUGGGGGAGAAUUCCCUGGAAAGAAGAGUCAAGACAACGUGGAAAAACCCAGUCACAAACCUCUUCAGAGUGAUUGGUAUGAGCUUGAAUUCGCGGACAUAGAUUCACCUUCAGAAAGGAGACCAUCGCCACUACCGACCGAAAGGGUCUUGGAUUUAGACACGCAGGUUCAAGCUCCGGCUCCGAUCCCGGCAGCUACGGCAACAGCUACGGCCGUGGUAAAAGCUGCAAAGCCUGCAAAGCCUGCAAAGGGAGCCAAUAAUACCCCAACUGAAGCGGUUGAUUCCCAGCCAGCUAGCUCGCAGGCACCCUCAAUGCCACAAUAUACCGGGUUCACAGACGCAGAGUUGUCUAAACAGGUCUCCUCCUAUGGCUUCAAGGCAGUCCGCGGCCGCAAGAAGAUGAUCGAUCUCCUUCAACAAUGUUGGGAAUCAAAACACGGUAGUGGUAGCAAUGCUGCUUCUGACAGCCAGCCUAUAUGCCAACUCGAGCAACAGAACGAACCUGCCUCUAAAAUGGACAAUGUUCCAAAAUCCACCUCUGCUGCGAAGUCGAAGGCUACGGUGAAGCCUAAAGCUGGAACAUCUAUUAAGAACCGAAAGUCACUUGACGCGACAAAAUCAACUUCCGCCUCGCGAACCAAUCUUCAAACAAGCCCAAAGAAAAACUCAAGAGGGAAACCUAUCACUGGGACUACUACGUCAUUCAUUGAUGUAGAAGAGAUCCAAGACUCAGAAGAAGAAAUCAUCCCCUCCCCAAGUCAAGUACAAAAGCACUAUACCGACAUCUAUUCGAAAUCCAAGACCGGCAGCCGGGUGCAAGACCACUCCUUGGAUAUCCUCACAAAAACACCAUCACCAAGCCCCACCAAGCGCAAGGUUGUUUCUGAUAUUCCAGCCAAAAGACCACCAUCCUCUGCAUUCAUCGCAACCAUGCACAUGGCAGAAUCCUCUAAAGAAAUUAGUCUGGCGGAGAUAUCUGCACAGAUCACGCAAGCUGUUCGCCUCCAGUCUCGGCUCUCGCCUUUGUCAUCAUCUCGCGGCAGCCGAAGUCGACCGACAUGGCAUGAAAAAAUCCUCAUGUACGAUCCUAUCGUUCUAGAAGAUUUCACAGCCUGGCUCAAUAUUGAGGGGCUUGGUCUCGUGGGCGAGGAUCGCGAGGUUGGUACCGCGUCUGUCAGGGAAUGGUGUGAAAGCAAAGGAAUCUGUUGUUGCUGGAAGAAGAAUGCCAGCUGGUAA